GACUAGAUAUUUUUAACCCUACCCUUCGAUCUCGCCGAAGGAGGUGGAAUGCACCGGAUCGCUUGUUCCCUUUUAGUCGCGGGAGUUAAAAUACCCAAGCUUGCCCUUUCUCUGUUCACUUAUUCUCUUUUCAACCAGCGACUUCGUUCUUUACAACACUCAGACUAUUCCUGUAUCAGCCUGCUCAACAACUUAAAUUCUUCCAUUCUAGAGCUGUUCUCCUUCGGAUCAACCUCCAAUUUAACUGUUUAUUCAACCGAUUCACUACCGUCAACAUGCGUUUCACUCUUGCACUCACUACCGUGGUUGCCGUAGCCAUGGCUGCGCCCCUCAAGAGUAUCGUCGCCCGCAAGGACGAGCUCAACGCUGCUAUCGCCGCUCUCGCCGAGGAGAGCCCCGCAGAUGCCGAUGUGGCGAAGAGCCUCCUGGACCGUGAUCUUCAACUCACGCAGGAUGAGGAUGAGGAGGAGGCAUUCAAGCGUGACAUCGCUGCUAUUGAGGCGGCGGAAGAGGCGGAAGAUGAGGAGGAUGAGGUCUCCAAGCGUGAC